GUCCUACAACGAGUCAUGCUCCUCCAGCCCUGCCAAGCAUGGCUACCCCAAAAGCUGCUGCACCUUGGAAGAUGUGCCUCUGAUCAGGUGAGGCUGAAGGGGGGGGGUUGGUGUGAGUGGUACCUGGGGCCCAUCGCACUAGGGGCUGUAUCCCACCCCGAGGAGCUUACAUGAGGCCAGAGGAGCUGCACCCUCUGCCCUAAGUGAGAGAGCGUCACAGCUCCCUCACCCCAGGGCAGCCCCAGCCUCGCUGUCAGGCUCCUCUUGCCGCCCGCUUCUCCCCCUCCAUGUAUCACUCAGGGCUGGGGGCGGGGUGCUGUGGUGGCUGUUUGCUGGGCUCUCUGGAAGUGCCAGGCACCCAGAGCCCUCUGGCAGCAUGUGAUGGAGUGAGCCAUGGCCAAGCUGCCUGUGUGCAACAGGGAGAUGGUGCUGUGGGCCACUCAACCCACAGCUGAUCCCACCCUGCUGGGGGCAGCAGUGCAAACCAGCUCACCCCUAAGCUGCAGGGCCAGCGCUUCCACUAGGCAAGCCUAGGCGGUCGCCUAGGGCGGCAGCAUUUGGGGGGGUGGCAUUUUGGCACCCUUGGUGGAAAUUUGGCGGCGGGGGGGAGGGGUCCUUCCACUCUGGGUCUUCGGCAGAAAUUCAGUGGCGGGUCCUUCACUCGCUCUGGGACCUGCCGCUGAAGUGCCCCGAAGAUGCGGAGCGGAAGGACCCCCGCCACCGAAUACUCAGGAAGAGCGCUGCCGCCUAGGGCAGCAAAAACCCUGGCGCUGCUCCUACUGAGCUGUGGCAUUGCAUCAUCCCAAGUCACAUGCAGCAUGUGUGGCAUGGUUGCAGGAGAGUCAAGGAGGGGGAUAGGGGAGCAGCACAACUUGUGGGGGCCCAGGGCCUGGCGCAAUAUGUGCCAUGUGUGACAGGUUCCCCCCAGGGUGCCACCUGGGGCUGGGGUACCACUGAGCCUCUGACCCACCAGCCUGGGCUCCCACUCGCACUGUGCUGCUGUGACAAGCUGCAAAGCCCUCCAAGCCUGCACUUCCACCAACAUUCACACAGGUGCAGUCACAUGCAGGCUCUCUAACCACCAGCGUCUCAGCCUAGGCACCCAGAGCAGUACCGUCCUGCCCUGCUCAAAUCUGGCCGGUAUAUGGGUUUAAUACCUGGUCCACUGCUCCCUCAGUGUGAAGAGGACCAUGCACACUUGUGGUAACCAAGCUGAGAUUUUCCCCAGGCACCUUAGUCAAAUGCACACUGGUUUAGAUUAAAACUUAAAAGAAGUGUAUUAAAAUCUAUCUUUCUGUAAUUAAGUGAUUGUAAGUGAUCGCAAACAGAUCAAGGCAGGUUACCUAGCAAAUAAACCAAACCACAAGCUGAGCUUGACGCACUAGAUAGCUAGGAUAUGAAUUAGCAAAUUCUCACCCUGAGUGAUAAACAGGCUGGCAGAUUCUUAAGGCACAAGCUGCCUUGGCUUUGCAGCUUGGCUUUCCCAGGCUUUAAUACACAGGCUAAAACUCCCUUAACCUGGGACCAUCACUUCCCCCGUUCAGUCUUUAUUCGUCAGGUGUUUCCAGGUGUGGUGUUGUCAAGAGUGAGGCCCCCUCAGGUUGUCAUUGCCCCUCUUUAAUAUCUCCCCCCCCCCCCCCACUUGCUGGAAAGCUCGUUUGCUGUGACCUGGGUCAGACAGGUCCCAUUGUGCAGUGCUGUAUCAGAGAGGUUUCUGUUGCACGCAGUUCCUGGGGUAAUCCUGGUGCUUGUGCAUUUCCUCAGUAAGCCAUUAACAUUGUUUGGCCUUUUUACUGUUGUAGCUGAAAGGCUGCUUGUGGGUGUUUUCAACCUCAUAACAUGUUUCCGUAGCCCAUACCUAGCCAAACUUCACAUACGCUGGUAGCACGUACAGUCCAACGAGAUAUUACUGUUGAGCAGAUCAAGACUUAGAUCCCUCACAAGGCACACUUUGUGCAAAACAGAAUAAUUACAUGACAGUGGUGAAUAUUGGGGUGCCAAGGUGUCACCAUGCCCAAGAGGCAUGCAAGGGCACAGCUGCCAGGAGCCAGGGAGGUGACCAGCCCAGAGGGGUGCUGGGUGGGGGUCACACCCACCCCCUUUCCAUGCCCACCGGGGAAGGCAUGUGCUGCUCUGAUCAUAUCCUGGCUUUGCUGACUGCUUUCUCCUUGCUCUGCAGUAAGUGUGGCACGUAUCCCCCUGAGAGCUGCCUCUUCAGCCUUAUUGGGAACAUCGGGGCUUUCAUGGUGGUGCUGAUCUGCUUCCUGCGCUACGGGCAGCUGAUUGAGCAGAGCCACCGCUCCUGGGUCAACACAACGGCGCUUGUCGCGGGCUGCACCAACGCUGCCGGCCUCGUCGUGGUUGGCAACUUCCAGGUGGACAACGCCAAGUCCCUGCACUACAUCGGAGCGGGCAUUGCCUUCCCGGCCGGGCUGCUCUUCGUCUGCCUCCAGUGCAUCCUCACCUACCACACUGCCGUCAGCGCCCUGGACGGCUGGAUGGCGCACCUCCGCGUCUCGCUCACCGGCGUGGCCUUAAUCGCCCUCGUCCUCAGCGGUGUCUUCUUCAUCCAUGAGAGCCCCCUGCUGCAGCACCUGGCAGCCGUCUGCGAGUGGGUCUUCGUCAUCGACAUGCUGGUCUUCUACGGCACCUUCGCCUACGACUUUGGGGCUGUCUCCACCGACACUCUGGUGACAGCGCUGCAGCGGGCCAGCAGCCGGGGCUGCAAGUCGCCCGGUGGCAGCAGCACCUCCACCCACCUCAACUGCACCCCUGAGAGCAUCGCCAUGAUCUGAGCAGGGGCUCCCCUCCCUCCCCCUUUGAUUUUGUACCAAAAAACAUUUUUUAAAGAAAACACAGUAUUGGGGCUGCCCCCCACAGCAGGGCUGAGCCCAGCAGCCCUCCCUGCUGGCCAGCCUAGCUGCUGCAUCAAUGGCCAAAGGGCGCCCUGGAGUGGGGCCACCAGCCUUCUCCUACCCGGGCUGGCUCCCGCAGGAACCUCACCCCUUCUGCAGAUCAGACCCCUGCCGGCAGCGGCUGCUCAGGGAAAGGAGAUCGGAGCUGGCUGCAGGGCGCGACUGCUCAUGCUGCUCUGCUGGGGGCUUUCCUACCCCCGUCGGGGCAGCCUCUCCUGGGCAGGAGCCCUCUGCACAUGUUCCCUUGCUCAAGCCCCUACCCCAUUCAGAAAGGAUUUGGGGUAACCCCACCGCAAAGUGGGGGGGGACGCACAGGGCUGUCCGAUGGUGUCUGACCUUUGGAGGGAGGGUCUUUUCUCCCCCACCCAUUAACCCCUCUCCUUCCUCUCCCCGUCCUGGGGGAGGUCUUGGCAGUGGGAUGGUGGAUGACGUGGCAGGGGGCAAAGAGCCUCGAUCCCCAUCCUUCUGAGCCGGUUUCUUUGGGUAAACUGGAUUGGUAUUUUUAGUACUUUUUAUAUCUCGAAGGUGUAUAAAGAGACUUGUAUGGA